CUUCCAAAAGAAAGUGAGUCCCGUUUUUUGGUAACAAUUUUUCCAGUUCCGUCGGCCGAAUCUGAAUCAUUAGUGCAGUGUCCCAUUCAUCAUCCGUCCGCGCGCCCUGAGAAAGUGCCCGUAAAAAAAGCUGUUGUUGCUUCCCUUCCCUGGUGGCCUACCGCGAGUGCUAGAUUUUGACGUUUGGUUCGAUAUCUUCCAGACGGUUUCGUUUGUGACGAGCAAAAACCUUCCCAAACUCAACGAAAACGGCCCCACGGCCGGUGAAACCAUCGGGACUUUCUUCGGGCCACAUCCGAACGUCAACUGGCCGUGUCAGCGAUCGGUGUUCCUCCCGUAGUAAUUCAGUUUUCCGUUUGUUUACGUUCGCGUCUCGCAGGAUGUAAGCGGAAUGCCUUCCCAAUCGAGACCACGAGGAAUGACUGGCACUGGAUCGGGUGGAUCUGGACGACCAGCGGUACCGGCACCAAUGUCCGAACGGCAGCAAAUGGCCCUACUGAUGCAGAUGACUUCCACCAGUUCCGGCAACGAGGGAGAAAUGAGUCCCGGCUCCAGUGGAGGCACGGGAACGACCCCAAUUGGUGGAACCAGCGGUCACUCGCGCCGUGAUCGGAUCAAUGAACGAGGCGAAACAGCAUUGCAUUUGUCAGCGAAGAAAGGUGACCAGGAAACGGUCAAGAAACUACUGGAACAAGGUUCCAAUCCGAAUGUGACGGAUUUUGCGGGUUGGACACCGCUGCACGAAGCGUGCAACCACGGCCACUAUAAUGUGGCGCUGGCAUUGAUCAAGGCUGGAGCCAACAUCAAUGCCACCGGACUGGAAAACGAUACUCCCCUGCACGAUGCAGCUAUCGUGGGGCAGCUCAAGCUAUGUAAGAUGCUCGUUGAACGGGGCGCCGAUCCAACGUUCAAAAACCAGAAGGGAAAGAUGCCGUGCGACGUGGCGGCACCGGCAGUUUACAACUACCUUUUACAGGCACGAGAUAAUGCAACUAACCGUGUCCAGCAGCAGCUGAAAAAACCUUCGGACGGUACCGGAGGAAAAAAGAGUUCCAACCAGGACAGCGAUGCAGACGAUGCGAGCAGCGGCGGCAUUGCCGGCUCCAACGCGUCCUCCGCCGUCAACAAGGACGAAGAUGACAUCUACGAGUUCAAAUCGACACCGAAGGAUUCCAGCUCAAGUUCGAGCGACGAAAAGGAAAGCAACAGUGACAAGAAUGAAAAAUCCCCUGGCGAUAAAAACAGUGUUACCGGCGGCGACGGUGAUACCAACCAGAGUGCAGGGGCCCCGGGGUCUGGUUCCGGUGCAGUCAGCUCCAGUCUAUCGAAACGACCUUUUUCGGAAGUGAAUGAUACGGCUGAUGAUAGCGCCGGUGCCUCAAACGAUGACGAUAAUAAGCGGAAGAAGCGAAAAGACUCAGAUACCACCAAUAAGGAAACCACGAAAAGUGUCACUGGUGGUACUCGGGGCUUAGUUUCAAGACCGGACAAGAGUGGAAAGCUGCCUGGUCCACCGUCGAAGACUCUCGGUUUAACCGCCAAGAACGUUCUGGAUAGGAAAAGCCCAUGCGCAAGUCCGAAACCGGCCUCGAACGCGUCGUCGUCGGCUUCAGCUAACAAAACAUCCAGUAGCAAUGCUAACGAUAGUGACGCCGAUUGUGAUGAUGCCGGAAGCAAAGGGAACGAUUCGAACUUCAACACUGGGGGAGGGCCAAAGGUUCCACCAUUGAAAAUCGUCAUACCACAGCAGAGUUCAGGAGGCGACACGGAAACCGGUGGAAGCUCCAGGAAUGGCAAAAAUGCCUCAGCCAGGAACCAUCCUGCGCUACCAUACGUAGUAGCGUCCUCAAACAGCAACGACUCCAGUGCCGACAAAGAGAGUACCUCAUCCCGGUCGGCAAGCCCAUCCGAUUCCAAGAGUUCGGACGAGAAAACAACAUCUAAAUCGAAUGACGAAAGGGCUCAGUCACGGGUACUUCGCAGUCACCGUGGUGGCAAUGCAUCCUCCGAAGGAGGCAGUGGCCGUAGCAAAGACAAUCAGAGUGAUCGCUCGGUGGACCGAUCGAACAACUCAUCGCCGCAGAUGCAACAGAGUAGCGCAGCGCCCUCCCCUGCAUCCAACAGCGGCGAUGCUGGCAUUGGAAACAACAGCAAUAGCGGCACAAACAAAGACAAAGACGGAAGCACUGCAAGCCCUGCCAGUGCCAAUCAAAAAGACAAUGAAUCAGAAAUUGGUUCUAGCACAGGUACCAAUCCCAAAAGCCCACCUGUUUCGUCCAGCUCUACUACAGCAUCCGUAAAUACGAGUAGUAGCACCAACACCUCUAGUAACACCGGUUCGAACUCAACUCAGAGUACUCAAUCCACCACCACAACCUCAACCUCAACUUCAGAAACAGCCGUUCAUCCGAGAAAACGGAAAAUCAAAACCAGUAAGGAUCAAUCGUUGACUGCUGCCUCAAGUUCUUCUACUCCCUCCACAUCUGCAUCUGCUUCGAUUGCGAACGAAGAGAAAAAAGAAAUCAAAGAAGAACUUCCAGACGUUCACCCGCACGAUCAACCGAUCACCAAUUGCUAUCAAAUGUUUUUGAACAUUCGAAGACAGAUUGAACGCCGCCAGCGAAGCCUUUUCCCCGUGCAACCGAAACCUCCGCAAGGUUUCAAAGAUUACCUACUGAAUAGAUGCGCCUAUGCUUUGGCCGGCAAAACUCCCGUUGAACCCAACAUUCAGCCCCCAACGAACCUGCAACAGCAAAUGAAGGAAACAUUCACAACUCAGGAGAAGGAACGCCACAAGUUAAAAAUGCAGCACAUUGUCGAAAAGGAGAAACUGGUCCUGGCAGUCGAGCAGGAAAUCCUCCGGGUGCACGGUCGAGCUGCACGAGCUCUGGCCAACCAAUCGCUUCCAUUUUCCGUCUGUACCAUCCUGAAGGACGAAGAGGUCUACAACAUUAUCACACCUGAGCAGGAAGAAAAAGAUCGCAAUGCACGAUCGCGCUACAACGGUCGGCUGUUCCUCAGCUGGUUGCAGGACGUCGAUGAUAAGUGGGAGAAGAUCAAGGAAGCCAUGCUGCUGCGGCACCACAACGAAGCGGAAAGUCUGCAUGCGGUCCAGAAAAUGGACUGGGAGUGGAAGAUGAAGGAGAACUCGCUGUGUGAGUUCAAGGCCAAGCCGGUCAUCGAGGAGAGCCAUGUUCCCAUGGUGAAUGUGAGUGAUGACUUCGAUUUAUUGCCCGCCUAGAUAACAGCAGGGCAGUUUAGUGUACGGAAUGAGCAGGUGUACGCCCUGGUCAGUCUGACUGAUGGACCGACAUAGGAGGGCACUCGCUUAAGUAUGGUAUGUAGAUGAUAUUCAUAAUAGGCUUAUGAAUAAGUUAAUAAUAUAAUAACAAUUAUUCGUACGAUAGAAAUUAUGAAUAGAUGUAUUUCUUUUACUUAUA